AAAACCACAGCGGACAAAGACAUCCCAACACCGUUUAUGAACCUUACUGACCUAAUCAGCAACUUCAAAAAGCAUGGUUUAGAUGAGAGAGAUCUUGUAGCUCUCUCUGGUGCCCACACUAUAGGGUCUGCACAGUGUUUUGCCUUCAGAGACAGAAUCUACAAUGAAACUAACAUUGACCCUAAAUUUGCUCGAAAACGCAGAUUAACCUGUCCACGCACUGGAGGUAACUCAAACCUUGCCGCUCUAGACCCAACACAUGCAAACUUUGAUGUUAAAUACUUCAAUAAAUUAUUGAAGAAAAGAGGGUUACUUCACUCUGAUCAAGAACUCUUCAAUGGAGGCUCCACUGAUAGCUUGGUAGAGGCUUAUAGCUCAGAUGCCAAGGCUUUUUAUGCUGACUUUGCUAAGUCUAUGAUGAAGAUGGGGAAUAUAAACCCACUGACUGGAAAGCGAGGGCAAGUUCGUUUGAAUUGUAGGAAGGUGAACUAAAAUGUU